CAGGUUUGGGGCAGCAGAAGCCGGAUCCGGGGCGCGUUGUCGUUGCCCCCCGGGGGUGUCGCGGGGAUGUGGGGGCCCAGCACGGUGGUGCGCAGCGGGGGGCUGCUCUCGGGGGCCCGCCUGGGUUGUAGGGUGAAGGAGGAGGACGUGGGGCGCCGCGAGACCUUCAGCGCCGAGUGGCUGGACCUGGAGCUCAGCACCCGGCCCGAGGAGGGGUGGUGCCGGCGGGAGGCAGACGAGCGGCGCCGCGAGACGCUGGAGCAGCGCGGGGAGACGCGGGUGCUGGAGCAGCGCUCGCCCUGGGGCGUGCUGCGUUUUGGGGUCCUGGGGCAACCCCUGACCCAACACCUCCUGCCCUACGCCCGCACCCUCCCCCUGCCCCUUUUCGCCCCCCCGGACCUCCGCGGCGCCAAGGCCGGCGUCCCCCGUACCCUGUCCCGUUCCCUCUCCCACGAGGCCCAGAGGGGCUGAAGGCGACGGCGAUGGCCGUGGGUGGGGGGCUCAGGGUUGAGGGUGGGGGGGUGACGGUGGCAGCGGCGGGGUCCUGAGGCUCUCUGUGCACUGCCGCGGCCCCCGGGGGGACGAGGAGGAAGAGGAGGAGGAGGGUGGGGGGACGUGGGGGUGGGCGCCCACCCCGCGGAGGGUGGCGGUGGCCGGUGGGGACGGGCGCGGGGGCGACUCGGUUUCCCUGGCAGGAGGAGGGGGUGUGAGGAUGGGGAGCGCUGAGCCCCCCCCCCCAACCCCAACCCCAACCCCAACCCCAAGCCUUCAGAGGGGCUGGGGGGGGGGCGCGGUGGGGGAUUUUUGUGUGGUUUUGUACCAAUUUGACGUUCUUUGUACUGCAAUAAAGUGUCCGGCCUGGGCCUGCAGCUCCA